AUGUCUGGCAAGACAAGCGGAAAGUCCAAGUCUGGCAAAUCUUCGGGUGAUGUCGCCAGCAAGUCCCAAUCACGAUCUGCAAAAGCUGGCCUUCAGUUCCCCGUUGGUCGUGUCCAUCGUCUAUUGAAGAAGGGUAACUACGCUCAAAGGGUGGGUGCCGGUGCACCAGUUUAUCUUGCAGCUGUUCUUGAGUACCUUGCGGCUGAAAUCCUCGAGCUUGCGGGCAAUGCAGCGCGCGAUAACAAGAAGCAACGCAUAAUCCCUCGACACCUCCAGCUCGCUAUCAGAAACGACGAGGAGCUGCAGAAACUUCUUGGGGACGUCAUCAUUUCGCAAGGUGGUGUUGUGCCAUUCAUUAACCCUGAGCUCUUGCCCAGCAAAACGCAAAAAGGGAAGAAGGACAGCCAGGAAGUGUAG